CAACUCGACAGCCAACACGCUUGUCACUAUGGUGACGGGAGUGGAGGUGCUGUGUCUCCUGCUGGUGUCGCUUUUGUGGGGCUGCACCAACCCGCUCAUGAAGAGUGGAAGUGCAGGGAUCGAGUCCGUGAACGCACCAGGAAGAGUCUCACAGUUUGUGGCCGAACUCAAGUUUCUCAUCCUGAACAAAAAGUACCUGCUCCCCGUCCUGCUCAACCAGGCUGGAUCUCUGCUCUACUUCUACACACUGUCCAGCGCAGAUCUGUCGGUGGCUGUUCCUGUGUCGAACUCUCUCACCUUCGUCUUCACUCUGCUGACAGGGAAGUUACUGGGCGAAGACUUAGGAGGAAAAGGUGCCGUCGCUGGAAUGGUUCUCACCAUGAUGGGAGUCACGCUGUGUGUCAUCAGUGCCUCACAGGACUCCUGAGGGGUUCUCCUCUUCAAGUUUUCUGGCUGUUCUUCCCAUUCUUAUCAUCCUGAGCAAAGAAGGGAAAUGAAGAGGAGAAUGCAGGCAGGGGGACCAGAUGGAGACGACUGACUGCAGAGUAGCAGGUGAUAGGGAAGCUUCCUCUGCCAUGAUGAAGAUUCCAAACUUCCCCUUCUUAAAAGAUUUUUCAGCCACAACAUCUAAAUAUUGCAUUCUAAAUUAUUGCUAUUGCAGUUGAUAAUAAACUAACACUAUACCAUAAGCUGCUAGAGUUACUUCGAGUAACCCCAGGUGAACCCCUAUGUGAGAACCACUCAAAACGACAAAGCUCAAGUUUUAUACUGAACACUCUCAAAAGAGAAGUCAAACUGAGAACAGAAGUUUAAUUAAGAAAUUGGCAAAGUGAGUGUUCAUCUGGUGCCACAACUACCACCUUCUCAGUGAGACGACAUGAGUUGUUCUAGCAGGUCAUAGUCUCCUCGACAACAUUCAUCCGUCACUCAUGAUCCGAUCAUGAAGCUGCAGAGUGAAACAUUUAGAAAAUUUGUGAGAGAGUUGUUGAAUUCUAAAUGUUAGAAAUCCUUUGUUGAAGUAGCAUCAAACUAGCAGGAAGCUUUUCGUCGUUGUAGCGGCCCAAUAUUAGCUGUCUGCGGUGGUCACAUGACUGGUUCUCUGGACUCCUCCCGAUCCUCCUGUAGAACACAAGCUCAACUGUCGCACACUAUUUAAAUAAUAGUUCACAACUUCACGCACCGACUCCCCCUGAGAGACCAGGUUCUGUCGUUGAACCGAUUCUGCUGAGCUCUUCUCCUCCUUCGGCUCCUGCUGCAGGUCCAUGGUCAGUGAAAACUUGUGUAGUGCAUUACAGUUGUGUGUGUCAGUGUGUACCAACGCAGAGGUCGCCUCCUCUGCUCUCGCUGAGUGUUGUGUUGCUCCUUCAUCAACUCUCUCCGACGUCUGUAGCUGUGACAACACAAAUGUUUAGGAUGAGUUCAUUAAUUUCUGGACUGGAAACCCUCCAUCUCCGUGGUUACCUCAUGUGUUGUGUCCAGAGUUGAAAGUAUAAGGUCCUCCUCCUCAUCCACAGUUUCUGCUGCCCUCUUCAGGUGAAGAAAGAGCAUGACAGUCAUAUCAGCAGUAAAGCAGCGUUUUAUUGAGAACAAAAGAGAACCUGGUCCACAGGAAGCUCUGUGAGUGUGUCAUGGUCCUCCUGGACCUCCUGUGCUCCUCUCAGCUCCUCCCUCUUCUGCCCUGCUCCUCUCUUGAAGACGCUGCGCUGAGCUGCAGGUCAAACUCAGAUUCAUAAUUCAGAUCAAAUCGGCUCCGUCAGCGUAGGACAGACCCGCUGGGGCAGCCAGCGGCGGCCUUGGAGGUCUCUGGCGGAUCCUAACGGGUCUGGAGAAGAACACGGAGUCCGCUGCCGCUUCAUCUCCUGUGGACUUCACCCUGCGGCCGUCACCGUGCUGGAGAGAGGCAGAACCUUCUGCACCACUGCAGAUUCUGACUUUGCUGAUUUUGCGUGGGUCACCUCGAGGGAGUCCGGAAGA